ACAGUAGGACUAUCUGUACUCGAUCCGUCAGGAAGCUGGAAACAAAUUCGAUCUAUAAAAAGGCUGCCAUCCUCUUCCACCUCUUGAUCAAGGGAAUAGAACGACGCCAUCGUGUGUUGCAUUCUCUCAUGACAUGCAACGCUUCAAGAUAGGUGUUGACGCCAAGAACCUGCAGGUCGUCAUGAAUCGUGGUUCUUAUGACAUGACUACGAACAGUGUCACUAAGAAUCUUGAAAUCGAGGUGUCUUCUGUUGUACUGGAGGUUUCUGUUAGGGAGCAAAACCCCAGCGUGAAAGAGAAGGCUAAAAGAAUUUUGGAGGGCUAUGUCUCCAAGAUGAAAAAUGCUUUGGCGGAUGAAUCGAUUGGUCCCAAGCUUGUGCCUUCACUUAAGAAGAAGAUUGAAGAAGCCAUUGGCCAUUUGAAUGGGUGGUUAAAGUAUGUUCAGAAUUCGCAAGCAAACGACAAUGUGAUCGAGGAAAAUAUGAAAUUGAAUAAACAAUACUAUGAAGACGUCAUUGCAAAGAUCGGACAACUUAAACAUUCGAGCAGCUCCACUUGAUCAAGUUAGAGAUGACUGAUAUAUAUGUAGUUGAUCUGCCGAAUGGAACUCGUACUACGGUUGAAACGAUAUUACUAUGUUACCACUUUGUUUGUUGGACCUUUUAAUUGUACUACUUUUAAUAUUGUUGUGUGUUUAAAUUUGUGUGCAAUAGUAUUGUUUGAUCGUUUCAUGUUAAUGCAACAUUUGACAUUUCUGGGUUGAAAUUUCUGGUUAUUGUUAUA